UGAUUAACCACUUCCCGUCCGGCCCAUGUACAUAAAAUGACCGGACGGGAGCAAUGCCAAAGCGGGUCGCCGUUUAUAAAUGGCCCCCACAUUCACCACCUGUGCGCACUUUCUGGGAGUACACGGCACCGCGAUACGGAGCCCGCUGUGUACCGAUCGCUGUACGGGACCUCUGUGUGAGGUCCUGAUUCAUGUGAUCCCUGAUUGGCCAAUCAGUGAUCACAUGAAUAGGUGUAAGCAAGAUGUCACUUCUGACAUCAUUGCUUACUACGUGUGAAAUCUGUGAAUGAUCACAGAGGUCACAUGGUACAGGGCUAUUCACAACAGCCUUGUACCAUGUGACAAGCUGUGACCAAUCACAGCUCACACAAUAUUUCUCAAUGGCUGCAAGAAUGCAGCCAGAGAGAAGGAGAAAUGAUUGCUU